GCAUGUGGCGGUCCACAUCCCUCAUUGUCUGUUUGAGCUCUUCUAUUGGCUCCAAACUGUGAGAAACUCCAACAAGCUCAAGCCUCACACAUUCAUAUGGAGAUUUGGGAGUAUAAAUAGAGGAGCUGCAGCCAGUGCAAAUCAGACUCACUCUGAACAGAGAGAUCUACAGCACAGCCUACAGCACAGAGAUCCAGACAUGACACCUACAAUCAUCUCAAAGGAGCAGCUCCCUCUCAACAACAAGCUGAGAAAGCCAAUGGUGGAGAAGAUGCACAGAGAUCGUAUCAACAGCAGCAUCGAGCAGCUCAAGUGUCUUCUGGCUCCAGAGUUCCUCAAACAGCAGCCUGAUUCCAAGCUGGAGAAAGCAGAUAUCCUGGAGAUGACGCUCAACUUCCUGCAGUUCACAUGCUGUCAGUCAAGGCUUCUCCAGAUGUGUAAAGAUGAGAUGAAGACAGAGAGCCAGAGAAGACUGCUGAAGCACUUCCAGAAGCUGCAGACUUCAUGUGAGCAGAACUGGAGGAAAAGUGUCCUUCCAGACCAGAACACCUUCAGCAAAGAGAUGAAUAUCAACAAGAGCGUCAUCUGGAGACCUUGGUAGAGCCUUAAAGACUCAGAAUGAACAUCUGCACUAGAUUUAGUGCACUAUUACACUUUCAUUUUUUUUUCAAUUUUGAAAAGAAAGUGUUUAACGAGUUCCAGUUCGGAAGAGAUAUUUGUACUGUUAAGUGCUUUGAUGAUUCAAUCUUCUAUGAAGAUUUUUAGUUAAAUUACCAUGAUGGCACACUGUGUUUUAGCAAUGUGUAUUAGUCUAAAAGUGCAUUAAAUUGCAUUUUUCAUAUCCUUUUGGGUUUAAUUUUUCACCUUUGAGGUGAUUCAUUAUGUGACCGUAAAGUCAAAUCUGCCUUUUUUUUUGUUUCAUGUUGAAACAUAUUUAAUUAUUUUUGCAACUGGCAAAAAGCAUUUAUUGAUCUUUUUUUAUCAUAUUUGUUGUUUUGAAAAAUGAUGCAUGUCUUAAUUUGGCUUUAUAAUAAGUCUUAAAAUUUCUUUCAAAUUUGAAAGAUUAUCAGAAUUAUGAACAACAUGUUAAUCAUGUUUUGUAAGUGUGGCCAAGACUUGGUCAGUAUUUGUAAUUAAUAUUGAUGAUUGUUUUCAAUCGUAUUGAGAUUUAUAUGAAACACAGCUGGGCUUGUAUUUGUGUUUCUGAGGAAAUAAUAUGCAGUUUCUGAAAAGAUCUGAAAAGAUCAUGGAUUUAUUUUUUAAGAGGUUAUAUCUCAUCUUUCUGUCAGUACCAUGUACUGUGAUUUUGAACUGCCUUUUGUAAGGGUAUUUAUUUCUUAAACAAUUGUGAACAGUUUUUCACUGUGUAAGUGAAAUGUUGUUUCCUUAUGUGAAGGAAUUAUUUAAAAAAAAAAUGAAACAAAAAGGCCAUUGAAUGUAUUUCAAUUAAUCUGAGGCGAAAUAAAACAAUCAAAAAAAGUGCUUUUGUCUGUUUUCAUUAUGCAUUCAUGAUUUGGUUAUCACAAGCUUUAAUUGUUCCUGGGGUUUGUUUAUCAGGCUGCUCAUGACAGCAUUCCUGAGUUGUUUUUAAUGAGUAAAGAGUUCAAAUAUCCCCCUUUGUAAUAUUUCUAAAAAGAUAAUUGUUUUUGCUGAAAAUGUACAGCACCUCAGGUUAUCCAAGAUGUAGAUGAGUUUGUUUCUUCGUGGAAACAGCAUGACAUUACUAGUUCACCAGUGGAUGCUCUGCAGUGAAUGGGUGCCAUCAGAAUGAGAGUCCAAACAGCUAAUAAAAACAUCAUAAUAAUCCACAAGUAAUCCACACCACUCCAGUCCAUUAAUUAACA